GGCCCGGGCCGUCAUGGCGGCGCCGCGGCCCUGCGCUGACGGUGCCUGUUGCUCCCGCCCGGCGGCGGCCGGCGUGCAGCAGACGCUGGACGAGAUGGACUUCGAGCGGGGGAUCUGGUCAGCAGCCCUGAAUGGAGACCUGGGUCGAGUGAAGUACCUGGUCCAGAAGUCCACGGACCCCAGUGAGCCUGACUCGGCUGGCUACACCCCUCUGCACUAUGCCAGCCGCAACGGGCACUACGCCGUGUGCCAGUUCCUGCUAGAGAGUGGUGCCAAGUGUGACGCGCAGACCCACGGGGGCGCCACCGCUCUGCACCGAGCCAGCUACUGCGGCCACACAGAUAUCGCCCGCCUCCUGCUGUCCCAUGGCUCCAACCCCAGGCUGGUGGACGACGACGGCAUGACCAGCCUCCACAAGGCUGCUGAAAAGGGCCAUGUGGACAUUUGCUCCCUCCUGCUGCAACACAGCCCGGCCCUGAAGGCCAUUCGGGACCGGAAGGCAAGACUGGCCUGUGACCUUCUGCCUGUCAACAGUGAGCUGUGGGACCUGCUGGCCACCUGAGUCCCCUCCUGUCCUGCUGGCACACAGGAACACGGAUACCCUCUCCUGGCUGCUGCAGUGCGGGACGCGGGCAGGACCUGUCUGGCUGCCAUGGAGACGAGGGUGGUUUGAGUGGCUCUGCCUCCUGGUACAUGGCGGGUCUGCAGGAAAACACAGCCGCCGGGAAAGCACAGCAUUGAGCCUCGUCUCCUUAUAGACUGCCUUUGCUCCGCGCACACACAGCAGUUGUUGGAAUAAAGACCAGACGUGGAGAUAAAAUGAUCUAUUGAAAGAAACUUUGGAAUGUUGACUGAUUGAAAACCGCUUCCUAGGGGCUGGAGCGAUAGUGUAGCAGGUCGGAUCCUUGCUUUGCAUGCAGCUGACCCAGGUUCAGUCCCUGGCAUCCCAGGCGCCCUGAGCCCAGCAGGAGUAAACCCUGUGUAUCGCCAGGUGUGGCCCCCAAACCAAGAAAAUUUAAAAAAAUAAAAACUGCAGUCUAGGCAGAUUAUCUUGGUCAAAGUCACUUAGCAUCUGCUGUGUUCCAAUGCAGGUUAUUGUCGGCCUGUGAGCUGGUU